UGCUACAUUUUUGACAGCCACCGAAACUCGUGGGAAAGGACGGCAAGUGCAUAAAAACACGGACAUUGUUUCGGUAGCAGAUAGUGAAUAACUCCUUAGUAAAUAAAAUCUCUUGUAACGAAACCACCGCCAAUUCGUCCACAUUAUGGGAGUACCAGCAUUUUUCCGCUGGUUGUCGCGGAAAUAUCCGUCCGUGAUAGUCGAAUGUGUAGAGCAGAAGACCGUGGACGAUCAGGGAAAUGUUGUUUACGAAGACAUGUCCACUCCCAACCCGAACCGGGUGGAAUUUGAUAAUCUGUACCUGGACAUGAACGGUAUUAUUCACCCGUGUACACAUCCGGAAGAUAAACCGGCACCGCGCAACGAGGAUGAGAUGAUGAUCGCCAUCUUCGAGUGCAUCGAUCGACUGAUGAACAUCGUUCGGCCGCGCAAGGUCCUGUACAUGGCGAUCGAUGGUGUGGCGCCUCGUGCCAAAAUGAACCAGCAGCGGUCUCGUCGUUUCCGCGCCUCGAAGGAGACGGCCGAAAAGGCGGCCGAGGUGGCCCGCAUCCGGGAGGAACUGGCAGCCAAGGGUGCAAUCCUGCCGCCGGAAAAGGAAAAGGGAAGCCAUUUCGACUCGAACUGCAUUACGCCCGGCACCCCGUUCAUGGACCGGCUGAGCAAGUGUCUGCAGUAUUACGUGCACGACCGGCUGAACAACAGUCCGGGCUGGAAGCACCUGAAGGUGAUACUGUCGGAUGCGAAUGUGCCGGGCGAAGGUGAGCACAAAAUCAUGGACUACAUUCGGAAGCAGCGCGUUCAGCCGGACUACGAUCCGAACACGCAUCACGUGCUGUGCGGGGCCGAUGCGGAUCUGAUCAUGCUUGGGCUGGCAACGCACGAAACACACUUCACCAUCAUUCGCGAGGAGUUUCUCCCGAACAAAGAUCGACCGUGCGACAUCUGUCAGCAGAUGGGGCACGAAAUGAAGUCCUGCACGGGGUUACAGUCGGAGCGGGAUCUGGCCAACCGGACCCCGCCCGCACCGGGCAAGGAAACGCAGUUCAUCUUCGUCCGACUGAACGUGCUGAAGGAGUACCUGCAGAAGGAGCUCGACAUGCCGAACCUGCCGUUUCCGUACGAUUUUGAGCGCGUGCUGGACGAUUGGGUGUUUAUGUGCUUUUUCGUCGGUAACGAUUUCCUGCCCCAUCUGCCCAGCCUGGAGAUCCGCGAGAACGCCAUCGAUCGGCUGGUGACGCUGUACAAGAAAUGUGUGUACAAAACGCAGGGCUACCUGACCGACUCGGGCAGCGUGUUGCUCGAGCGAGUCGAAAUGAUCAUGACCGAUCUGGGAUACGCGGAGGACGAAAUCUUUCGCCAGCGAAAGGUGAGCGAGGAUCGGUUCAAGGAGCGCAACAAGCGCAUGCGCCUGCAGAAGGAACGCGAGCAGCGGCCCAACUUUCAGCACAUGAACAACUCGCAGUUUGCACCGACACCGCUGGGGCGGGGCGUGAAACCGCAGGCGAUCGUAAACCCGCGCCAGGAAGCGGCCCACUUUCGUAUGCUCGGUCGAGGUGGUGGGAAGGGAAACAGUGACGCCGGUGGCACUGCCGACGCCGGCAACAACAGUGCCGAUCAGCAGGGUCCGCAUGGUGUCAAGCGCAAAGCGGAAGAGCCGCUCGCCGUCACGGUGGCCGAGGAGGAGCAGGAAACGCCGGACGAGGUGCGGCUGUGGGAGGACGGAUUUAAGGACCGGUACUACGAGUCCAAGUUUGACGUUAUGCCGCAGAACAUAAAGUUCCGCCAAACGGUUGCCUGGGAGUACGUGCGCGGGCUUUGCUGGGUGUUGCAGUACUACUACCAGGGCUGCGCAUCCUGGGAAUGGUACUUCCCGUACCAUUACGCACCGUUCGCCUCCGACCUGAAGCACCUGGAGAACGUCGACACGCACUUCGACCGGGGAACGCCGUUCAAACCGCUCCAGCAGCUGAUGGGCGUGUUCCCGGCCGCUAGCCGUAGCCACGUGCCGCCAGCGUUCGCCGAGCUGAUGGUCGAUCCGCGCAGUCCCAUCAUCGACUUUUACCCGAUCGAUUUCCGCAUCGAUCUGAACGGCAAAAAGUUUGCCUGGCAGGGUGUGGCCCUGCUGCCGUUCGUCGACGAAAAACGGCUGUUCAAGGCAACGGAUCCGAAGGUACCGCUGCUAACGGUGGAGGAGCGUUUGCGCAACGAGAACGGGGACGCGAAGCUGUUCGUGCUGCCCGGUUCCGCCGGCUACAAAACGCUGGCCGCCUUUUACGCCGACGAGGACGUAGACUACGAACGCGAGGUCCCGGUGGCGGUCGACCAUGUGCAGGGUUUAAUCGUACCGACGAAGGAGAAUGUACCACGCGACGGUAUGCUGCCUUCGCCCAUUCCCGGGCUGACGGCGGUAACGGAAAAUCAGGUGCUCACGGUGCGCUUCCAGGAUCCGAAGUUUGCGGACGGCUUUGUGUUCCCGGCCCGAAAGCUCGACAAUGCGAAGGACCAACCGCGAGUGUUGGGUGCGAACGAGUUUCCGGUGGUUGGGUUCGGCCCGCGGAACGAUCGAGCGUCCGUUGGUGCGGCCGGGCACCGUAUGCUGAACAAUCGGCUCGGUCUAGGCUACGGAGGUGGUGGUGGCGGAGGCGGAGGCGGAGGCGGAGGCAGAGGUGGAUACGGCAAUAACAAUGGUGAUGGCGGCAGAAGGAAUAACAAUUACCAGGGACCGGGCAGUUACGGCAACAACAACAAUCGCAACAACGGCCGUGGAGGAGCUUCGCGCAACAACUACAACUCCGGGUAUAACAACAACAGUGACGGUAGCUACAGCACCGGUGGCCAGUACAAUCGGCUACAGGGGCAGGGACGUUGGCAGGGUGGGAAUGAUGAUGAGCCGGCGGUGGUGGAUACAGCCCCCGCGACAUCCACACCGGCCACCGGCAACCGGAGCGUGUUCGAGCAGCUGAGCAGCCAGAUACAGCAGUACCAGCAGCAGAUGAUGAACGAAAUUUCGCGCAACACCUCCGCACCGUCCCAGUCGGCGAACGAGGCCUCGAAUCUACUGCCAAACCCGUACUCCAAUCAGGUCCAGUACGAUUACAACAAUCAGCGUGGCAAUAGCAGCUGGACCAAUAACAACAGUGGACGGAAUCAUAAUAACAACCGCGGCGGAGGAGGCCGUGGCGGCAGAGGACAGUUCCAUGGUGGUGGUGGUGGUGGUGGAGGGAAUCACCGGAACAACAACAACAACAACAACAACAACCGCUACGGACAGAACAAUUAUGGUUCGGGUGGGGGUGGAGGUGGCGGUGGGGGCGGAAAUAAUCGGUUUAACAAUCAGCGGAGACAGUACUAAUCGAGAGAGUCGGUCCCACCCCCUCCCCCCCCCCCCCCCCCCCCCCCUAUCGCCAGAGUUUUGUGUUUUAAAUUGCAUUACAAAACAUUCGGCAAUCGCUACCACCCAUAUAUACCCUCGGACGCGGUGUGCUAAAGUGGCCCUAGGGUCGGUCAAGGUUAGAGAUCGGUUCGGACUUAGGAUAGUACAUAGGGAACGCUAUUACAAAACCAACUAUUUGCCCCCCCCCCCCCUUAUGUGAAUGGUACAAAUCGAUGUGUGUACUUUGUAAGGAUGGAAACCUAAAAUACUAACCAAGAAGCAUGAGGCCCUCCUCUCGGAGUAAAGACACUAACAGAAUCUUAGGGCCAAAUGUCUGUAUCUUCUUCCGAGAAUGAAGAAACCUCACGUUGCACAGGCUGUAGAUAGGACGCUAGGUUGGUUAGGCAUCAUGUUUAGACUUAGUGGAUCGGGUGAUCGGCAACGUACAAAAUGCAUUUGUAUCGAUCGUGUAUCACUAUUUUUUGCUAGCAAACAGUAAGGUGGACAGUUGCGGGAUAACGGCAAUGAAUGUUGUUCGGCAUGGUAGGAAACAUUUCCUCGGCUUCUUACCUUGGGCCAGAUGUUCGGCAGACUACUGCCACUACUACUGCAUGAAACCAUAUUUAGAAUCAUAACCGUCUUUUGUGAAUAUUAAACGGUUUGACGCAACUUCUUUUAUCCAGUAA